AUGCGGGGCCAGAGGUUGCUCUUCGUCACGCUGAUCCUGCGGAUCUGCCGGGUAUCAGGGACCCAGACUUUGCUCCAGGAAGCCUGGGCCAAAGUCUUCGGAUCGGCGCCGACGUACUCGAACGUGCGGACGUCUCAGCUCUUGAACCAGCUGUGCAACGAGUCUCAGGGCGACGCCCAGACGCUGAGGGACGCCUGCUAUGGUUGCUUCUUCAGGGCCAGCAACAAGCCAUCGGGUUAUCCGAUGUUGCUGGGAAUGGCCUCCUGCGCCGAUCUCUACCUGGCGGACACCGAGUACGGUCACUGCCAGGUUUACCUGAGGAACGCGACCAACACCGUGGUGUCCGGCGCCAACCCCACGACCAUCUACUGCACCUUCCUCGAGUGCAUCCGCCAGGUGAACAAGGACGCCCUGAUCAGAACGUGUCUCGGGGAGGCGAUCGGCAUGUUCCCCAGCUUCGACUGCACCGACCUGCAGCUAACCGCCCAAGUGUUCGUCAACACUACGGCCUGCAUCCUGGCCAAGACACGUCACGGAGUCCUCAACCCCAUCACCGGGGCGGUGCAGGAGGAGGCCAUCGCUAGUCCUCUCGUCAACGCGAUCCUCGUCAACUCCGACUACGACAUCAACAUCGUGCAGCUGCCAUUCACGUACGACAAAGUCGACGAGUGCGCCAAGUACCGUAACGUGCAUCAGGCCUGCUGGCCGGGGGUGGAUUGUUGA